AUGGGAAUAUUAACUAAAAACCUGAUGAGUGAUUUAUAUAAAUUUGAAGACUUAGUUGCAUGGGAUGAUAAAGUUAGAGAAAGAUAUUCAUUUGGAUAUGAUAAACCCAAUUUUUUAUUACAAAGUAGCCUUGAAUUAUAAGAUUUUUGUAAAUCCAAAUCACUAUGUGGGAAAAAUUAGACAUGUCUUAACACAUACAGAUCCUUUCCUUUAUAAUUCAAUUAUAUGAAUGAUUAAGUGUAAUAUGAAAAAGCUUAAUAUUCUAGUUAUUAAUAUCCGCUAUCUCUAGGGUGGUAGAAUUUAACAACCUCUCAAAAAGAAUAUCUUAUAAAAAUUGAUUUAAAUAGAAUUUUUAUAUAAACUAUUAUAAUAAAUUAAUCAUAAGAAGAUAUCAUUUUGCCAAGAUUAAUAUAUCUAGCUAGAGAAUAAGAUGGAAUGUAUUACCAAAUCUUCUCAAUGAAUUUUUUGAUAUUGUUUCCAUAAAUAAAUAACUAAAAAUAUGGAGGACCAUUUUCAUGUGAUUUAGUGAAUGGAAAAUAUUAAUAAUAUAAAUAUACAAAUGUAGAUUAAUUUGAUGGAUUUUAGUAUUAUGAUGCUUAUGGAAAACCAUGCGGAAAUGCUACAAAUAAAUGUACUAAAUGCUCUUACUAUAAUUUGAAAAGAAUAUUUCCAAUUGAAUGGAGAUGCCGCCCUUGGUAUUAAUAAUCAUACAAUUAAUUUUAUGUUUCAUUUGAACAGCCAUACAUUAACGUUAAUCCAACUACAGUAAGCUCAACUAUUACAUUUAAAGUAGUUAGAGACAAUGAAAAAAUUAAAUCUAUUUAAGAUGAAUAUAAUUAUAAAUAAGAUGCUAUAAUAGCUAUAGAUAUUGAUUUAAGUCUUAUUUUAAAUAGAUAUCAAUAAAAUAAAGACCUUAAUAUUGAGUAUUCUUAUUUGAUUUCUACUAAUCCCUCUUCAAACUCCACUGAAUAUUCACCAUUAGUCAUAGCCCACCCUAUGAUGAAUAUGUCUAAUCUUUAAACAGUGUAUGAUGUUGAGUUUUCUAACUCUACAAAUAAAAAUAACGAGAUAUAUCAAUUUUAAAAUUAAACAUCGUUUUUAAGUGACACGUUUCAAAUUUACUAGAAUUGUUCCUUUCAAAUGUCAUUAAAAUAUAGUUAAAUUAGGAUAAUUACAAAAAAUAAUACUAAAUAUUUAACAAUAUUCACACCUAUUUUUAUUUGUUUUGGUACAAUAUAUGAGCAAGCUAGCAACAUUAAUUCAUAUUAUGUUAAAGCCGUCUCACUUUAAAAAAUAGACUAAGAUACAUAUCAAGUAGACUAAAUGCAAGAAAUUAUGGUUCAAACUAUUUUUAUAAUUUAUCCUACUCUAGUUGUGAUAAUAUUAGUUCUUUUUUAUUGUCUCACUAAAAGUUUUCUAUUUUAUAAUUUUGAAAUUCCUAUUUAAAUAUUAACUUAAUUCAUUUAAAAUGCUGAUAGUGAAAGCAUAUUUGUUUUUUACCAAAAAAUAAACAAAAAAGAACUUAAAACCUCUUAGGAACUUAAGAACUUAAUAUUAGCUAUCAACAAUGUAGUACUUAAUGUUUAAGAAAAAGUUAAGUUAAAAUUUUAAAAACAAGAAUCAGAUUAAUCAUACUUAGAAAUUUAAGCAACUCUAUUUUAAUAACUUAUUACAUUCUAAGCAUUUUCUCAUUUAACUGGUAUUGGGUUAUGCUUGAAUAAUAUGUCUAUCAUAAAUAUGUUUCAAAAAAAUCUGAAACAAGGAUUGUAGUAUAUGAACUUAUCAAAUAGGAUAAGCACUUAAAUGCUUUAGGAAGCAGUUUAACCACUUAUUUCAAAAUAUAAAAUAAACUAAAAUUAAGCUAUUUAAAUAUUAAGUAGAGACUAGCACUAAAUUAACUUUCUCAAAAUUUGUGCUUGCAGAAAAUAUCAAUUGGCAAAUUUAUUAUAUCAUUAUUCUAAAAGCAUUUAAAAUGGUAAUACAAACAAAAAUGAUAGUGAAAGCUAAUCAUUAGACAAAUCUUUAAGCCAAAUUUUAAACAAAGAAGCUAUUUCAUUUAAUUUUACAACUGUUGAAAAUUAGCAAAUAUUUUUAAAAGAAUCUUUUUACUAUUCAAACAAAUAUUAAGAGAAGCUGAAUUUUACAAUAUUUUAAAGCAAUUAAACAGAUGAAUAAGUUACCAUUUAAUAAGAUGAGUACAUAAAAAUAUAAAUUAUUUAAGCCAAAGAUUUGAUUUAUGAAGGAAAUACCAUAUUUUAAAUACUUUCUUAAUCAUUUGGUUAUCCUGUUUCUUUUGAUAAAAUAGAUCAAAAUUUUAAAAAAAUAUAUGAUCCUUAUACAGCUUAAGACAUUAAAAAGUUAAAAAGUAAUUACAAAGAUAAAUUUACAAAUGAAUUAAAUUUUUUUGAAGUCUUCUAUGAAGAUCACGAAAAUGUACUCAGAGAUUAUGCACUUGAAAGAUAUUAAGACUACUUAAGCUUCAUGAGUUACUCGGAAAAGAUAUUUUUAACUUUCUAAUAUCAAAAAAUUACUUCUUUCAACUAGCGAAUGGGGAUAUUAACUUAACAAUUGAUGAGUGAUAUGUAUUCUUUUGAUGAUAUUGUUGCAUGGGAUGAUAAAGUUACAGAGAGGUAUUCUAAUGGCUAUAAUAAAGCUAAUUUUUUGAUUUCAAGUACAUAUUAAAUGAAAGAUUUCUGUCACUCAUUUUAAUAGUGUGGGCAUGACUAAACUUGUAUACAAAAUUACUAUACAUUUUCUUAAUAGAUAAAUUAUAUGGAUGAUUAAAUAUAAUAUGAAAAGGCUUAAUAUUCAACUUUUUCGUAUCAGCAAGCAUCAGUGUGGUAGAAUUUAACCAAGUCUUAAAAAUAAUAUUUAAUAAAAAUCGAUUUAAAUAGAAUAUUUAUUUAAACCCUUGUAAUUAAUAAGUUAUCUGAUGAUAUAAUCUUACCUAGCUUCAUAUACUCUGCUAGGUAAGAAGAUGGUAUGAACUAUUCUAUACUUUUAUUCAAUACCUUAAUGAACUUUCCACCAAUAAACAAUGAAAAUUAUGGCGGGCCAUUUGGGUGUGAUGACUUAAUUGAUGGAUAAUAUAAAGAAUAUAAAUACACAGAUAUUGAUUAGUUUAAUGCAUUUUAGUAUGAAGAUAUUUUUGGACAACCCUGUGGAAAUGCUACUCAUCCCUGUACUGAAUGCAUUUACUAUAAUGAAAAAAGAUUAUUUCCGAUAGACUGGAGAUGCAGACCUUGGUAUACAAAUUCAAAUAGCUCAUUUUACAUUUCAUUUGGUCAACCAUAUAUUAAUGCUAAUCCUCUCGUAGUAGCUUCAACUUAAACCUUUAAAGUAGUUAUACCAAAGCAAAAUAGUAAUGCAUCUAUUUAUGAUGAAUAAAAUUAUUAGUAAGAUGCUGUAAUAGCAAUAGAUCUUGAUUUAACUCAGAUAUUAGAGAGAUAUUCAAAUAAUACUGUACUUAAUAUUGAAUAUUAGUACUUGAUUUCUACUAAUCCUUCAACAACUUCAGAUGUUUACUCUCCUUUAGUUAUAGCUCAUCCAGAUAUGAAUAAUACUGUUAUUCAAACGAUUUAUGACGCUGAAUUUGCUAACUCAGUAAAUAAAGACUUAGAAAUUGAAUAAUUUAAAAAUUAAACACAAUUUUUAAAUCAACCUCUUGAAGUUGAUAAGAAUUGUUAUUAGCAAAUGAAAUAGAAAAAUAGUUAAAUGAGGACAAUAUUAAAAAAUAAUACUUAAUAUCUGGCUAUAUUUGCUCCUAUUUAUAUAUGCUAUGGAAAUAUAUAUGAGCAGGCUAGCGUUAUUAACGCUUAUUUUGUAAAAUCUGUUUCAUUUGAAAAAAUAGAGUAGGACAUUUACUAAGUAACUUAGGCAGCAUCAGUUAUGAUAAAAUAUAUUUUCAUUGUCUAUUCUUGUUUAGUUAUCUUAAUUUUUAUUAUUUUUUACUAUCUUACCAAACAUUUCCUGUUAUUUAACUUUGAAAUACCUAUAUAAAUACUAACAUCAUUCAUUUAAAAUGCUGAUUGCUAAAGCAUUUUUAUAUUCAACUAAAAAAUUGAAAACUAAGAACUUAAAACUUCUUCAGAGCUUAAGAAUUUAAUAGCAGCUAUUAAUAAGGUUGUCUUGAGAGUUUAGGAAAAGGUUUAAUAAAAAAUGAAUUAAUAGGAAUCAGAACAAUCAUAUUUUUAGAUUCAAAAAUCUUUGAUUAAGCAAUUAAUUAUUUUCUAAACAUUCAAUCAUUAGACUGGGAUAGGGAUGUGCUUGAAUAAUUUAUCUGUCAUAAAUAUGUUUACAAAAAAUUUGAAAUAAGCACUUUUAUAUAUGAAUGAAUCUAAUAAAGUAAGCAAUGAAAUACUUUAAUAAUUAGUUUAGCCUUUUAUUGAAAAGAAAAACAUAAGCUAUAAUUAAGCUAUCUAUAUUUUGAGUGAAGACAAGCACCAGGUAAGCUUUUUGAAGAUAUGUGGUUGUAGAAAAUACUAAUAGGCUAACUUGUUAUACCACUAUUGCAAACAUCUUAAAAAGGGAAAAGCUAAUAAGGAAUACGAUGAAAUUUUAUAAUUAAAUAAUUCUAACAACUCCAUAUUUAAAAAUGUUUCAUAUUAAUUAAAUAAUUCAAGUCCAAUAAACCAACUUGAUUUUAAAGAUUUUAAGGAGUCUUUCUUUUACUCGAAUAAGUUUUAUACAAAAUAUACACACACAAUAACUUAAAGUGAUUAUAUUGAUGAAUAGAAGAGCCUCUAGGAAAAAGAUUAUUUAGGGAUUUAGAUUUUAUAAGCAAAAGAUUUAAUUUAUGAAGGAAGUACCCUAUUUUAAAUUUUGUCCUUAUCACCUAUUCUAAGUUAAAAUGAAAGAGAUAGGGAAUAAUAACUGAAAGAAUAUGUCGUAAAAAGGUAUAACAUGUACCUAGAAUUUGCUAGCUUUUCAGAAAGAAUAAUAAUUACAUAAUCAUUUUAAAAAAUUACUUCAAUAACAUAGACAUUUGGGACUCUUACUUAAUAUUUAAUGGAUUAAAAAUUUAAUUUUGAUGAAUUAGUAUCUUGGGAGGAUAAAUAACCUGAGAGGUACUCAAAAGGCCAAGUCAAACCUAAUUUUUUAAUUAUGAAUGGAUAUUAACUUAAAGAUUAUUGUGGCUUAAUCAAAUUUUGUUAUUAAAAUCAAGAUUGUAUUGAUAAUUAUAAUGAUUACAAUUAACAAAUAUACAAUUUUAUUGAUUAUGUUUAAUAUGAAAAAUCAUAGUAUUCAACAUGGAGUUAUCAAAUGACAAAUGAUUGGGACUAAUUAAAUAAUGAAUAGAAAUAAUUUAUUGUUAAAAUGGAUUUAUAAUAAAUAUUUGGAGUUUCAUAUAUUUUUAAUCAAUAAAAUGAUGUAAUUUAAGCAAUAGGAAUAUAUUUAGCUAGAUAAUCAGAUGGGCUACAAUAUGAUAUCUUAUCUUACAAUUUAAUUAUAAGUGAUAGCGUGCUUAGCUAGCCUUAAUUUGGUGGACCAUAUAAUUGUUCAGUGAAUACAAAUGGAAGCUACUCUGAGUAUAUUUAUACAAAUGCUAGCUAGUUUUAUGGGUUUUAAUAUCAAGAUGAUGGUGGAGAGACUUGUGGUGAUAUAAAUAAUCCAUGCUCUUGCCCUUACUUUAACAUGAAAAGAUUAACUCCAUUAGAUUGGAGAUGUAGACCUUGGUAUUAAUAAAGUGAUAACAUAUUUUACAUUACUUUCUCACAACCCUAUGUAGAUAUUUCAUCAAAAACAGUGUGCUCUACUAGCACUUUCAAAGUUGUUUUAUCUCAAAAUACAACUGCUUCAAUCAUCGAUUAAAUUAACUAAUAAUAAGAUGCUGUAUAUGCUACAGAUAUAGAUCUUUAACAUCUAUUGUCUAGAUUUUCAUCAAGUGAAUAAAACAUAGAUUAUUCAUACUUAGUUUCCACAAAUACUGAUCCUAAAUCAACAGAUUUUUUACCUUAGGUGUUUGCUCAUCCUUAAAUGAAUUUUACCUAAGAAUAAACAAUAUUAGAAGUUGAGUUUUCUGAUUCUAUGAACAAAGACUUUGAAAUUUAAAAUUAUAAAAAUUUAACAAAAUUUUUAAUGAUGACUCAAUAAGCAAAUAAAGAUUGUAAACCUAUUUCUAUUACUGAUACAGAAAAAAUAACUAUAACUAAAAAUGGUUAAGAAUAUUUGACUAUAUUUACUCCAAUUUAAAUUUGCUUUGGAACUUUUACAGAAUAGUUUAGCGUUUAUAUAGCUUAUUAUGCAAAAGCAAUAUCCCUUGAAAAAAUAGAUUAAGAGAUUUAGAGUGUAACAAAACUAACUCAAACCAUGCUUGUUAUUAUACCAGUUUCCUAAUCAUUUGUUUUAUUUAUUAUAGUCUUUAUUUUUUACUAUCUUCUUAAAUAUUUCCUAUUAUUCAACUUUGAAAUUCCAAUAAAUAUUGUUUCUCAAUUCAUCAAAGAAGCUGACUGCAAAUCUUUAUAUUUGUUUAAUAAGAGAGUUAAGAAAGGAUAAAUGAAAACUUCAUAAGAGCUAAGGAAUUUGAUAUUUACGAUAAAUGAAAUUGUUUUUAAAGUUUAAGAAAAUGUAAAAUAAAUUGAAAAAAUAAAAUAAGCUAAUUAAUUUGAUAAAUUGGAAGAAAUUUAUAAAACUUCUAUGUUAAUUUAUUAACAAAUUUCCCAUAAAAAUGGUAUUGCUCUUUGUUUAAAUAACAUAGCUGGCAUAAACUUAUUGCAAAAAAAUUUUGGAAAGGCAUUGUAGUUUAUGAGUUAAUCUGAUUAAAUUAAUAACUAAAUUUUUGACGAAAUUAUUAAACCUAUAAUGGUAAAGCAUAAUGUAAAUUAGUAGGAAGCUAUUGAUAUAUUAAACCAACAAGAAUAUUUUGAAUUUUUCAAGCUUUAUGCAUGCAGAAAAUAUUAGUUAGCUAAUAUCUUAUAUUUAAUAGCUAAAUAAAUAGCUAAAAAUACCUAAAACAUUUUGUAAACAAUAAAAAGAGACUCAAGAGAGUAAGAUUACUUUGAUAUUUUACUCAGCAAAGAUUCCAUUUACUUUGAAAAUAGUAAAGAUUUAGAAAAAUAACAAUAGUAACCAUAGCAUAUUAACUCUUUUUACUCUAAAAGAUUUUCACAAAAAUUUUAUUAAAACCCAAUUCAUAAAAAUAAUAAUUUUGUAGAAUAGUAAAAUGAAUAAAAUUUAAUUAAAACAUAUACUUAAUAGGCCAAAGAUCUAAUAUCUGAAGCCAAUAAUAUGUUUUAAUUGAUAAGUUAUUCUAAAAACACAUCAAUUACAAAUCAAGUAUUAAAGCCAAGUAAUUUAAGUAAUACUUAAGUUAUAUAAAAAGUUCUACUUAGGAUACCUACUUAUGCAAAAAGUAUGAGAGAGCAGGAAUAAUAACUGAAAGAAUAUGUUCUAAAAAGGUAUAAUAUGUACUUAGGCUUUGCUAGCUUUUCAGAAAGAAUGAUAAUCUCAUAAUAGUUUUAAAAAAUUACUUCAAUAACAUAGACAUUUGGGACUCUUACUUAAAAUUUGAUGGAUUAAAAAUUUAGUUUUGAUGAAUUAGUAUCUUGGGAAGAUAAAUAACCUGAGAGGUACUCAAAAGGCCAAGUUAAACCUAAUUUUUUAAUUACGAAUGGAUAUUAACUUAAAGAUUAUUGUGGCUAAAUUAAGUUUUGCUAUUAAAAUUAAACAUGUAUUGAUAAUUAUAAUGACUACAAUUAAUAAUUAUACAAUUUUGUUGAUUAUGUUUAAUAUGAAAAGUCAUAGUAUUCAACAUGGAGUUAUCAAAUGACAAAUGAUUGGGACUAAUUAAAUAAUGAAUAGAAAUAAUUUAUUGUUAAAAUGGGUUUAUAAUAAAUAUUUGGAGUUUCAUAUAUUUUUAAUCAAUAAUAUGAUACAAUUUAAGCAGCAGGAAUAUAUUUAGCUAGAUAAUCAGAUGGGUUAUUUUUUGAAAUCUAAUCUUACAAUUUAAUUAUAAGUGAUAGCGUGCUUAGUUAGCCUUAAUUUGGAGGACCAUAUAGUUGUUAAGUGAAUACAAAUGGAAGCUACUCUGAGUAUAUUUAUACAAAUACUAGCUAGUUUAAUGGAUUUUAAUAUCAAGAUGAUAGUGGAGAAACUUGUGGUGAUAUAAAUAAUCCAUGUUCUUGCCCUUACUUUAACAUGAAAAGAUUAACUCCAUUAGAUUGGAGAUGUAGACCCUGGUAUUAAUAAAGUGAUAACAUAUUUUACAUCACUUACUCACAACCUUAUGUAGAUAUCGCAUCAAAAGCAGUGUGCUCUACUAGCACUUUCAAAGUUGUUUUAUCUCAAAAUACAACUACUUCAAUUACCGUCCAAAUUAAUAAAUAAUAAGAUGCUGUGUUUGCUAUAGAUUUAGAUCUUAAAUAUCUCUUGUUUAGAUUCGCAUUAAGUGAAUAAAGCAUAGAUUAUUCAUACUUAGUUUCAACAAAUACUGAUCUUAAAUCUACAGAUUUUGUACCUUAUGUCUUUGCUCAUCCUUAAAUGAGUUUUACCUAAGAAUAAACAAUAUUAGAAGUUGAGUUUUCUGAUUCUAUGAAUAAUGACUUCGAAAUAGAAAAUUAUAAAAAUUUAACAAAAUUUUUAAUGAUGACUCAAUAAGUAAACAGAGAUUGUAAACCUAUUUCUAUUAAUAACUCAGAAAAAAUAACUAUAACUAAGAAUAGUUAAGAAUAUUUAACUAUAUUUACUCCAAUUUAAAUUUGCUUUGGAACUUUGACAGAAUAGUUUAGUAUUUAUAUAGCUUAUUAUGCAAAAGCAAUACCUCUUGAAAAAAUAGAUUAAGACAUAUAGAGCUUUAUAUUUGUUUAAUCAGAAAGUUAAGAAAGGAUUAAUAAAAACUUCAUAAGAGCUAAGGAAUUUGAUAUUUACGAUAAAUGA